ACGCCUUAAUUAGAUAGUCGUGCUUUUUCUUCUUUAGUUCCACAGUUCUGUCUGCAUUCUCCUGCAAAAGAAACAUCACUUUUCUGUUUUUCCUUCAAAUCCCUACAGCAAUCUAUAGAGGUUCUUAUAAGUUGUUGUUUUUCUCCUUCAAUGGCGAUUAGAGGAGUUGAUUUUAAAUGGUAUGAUGGGUUCUUCUUGUUAAUGCUAGCUACGAGCAUAAUCAUUGUGGCUUUCAACUGGAAGCGCUACCAUCUUUGUAUAUACCCAUUGCAUAUCUGGAUCGUGGUUGACUAUACAGCGGUGUUUGUGUUUCGGUUGUUGAUGUUUGUAGAUAAUGGACUUGCUGCUGGAAUGGGAUUGGAUUUUGGUUGGCAGCAGAGAUAUGGUCGUUUUUGUGGAAGAAUAGCUGUUCUUUCAGUUCUUGCCUUGCUUCUCUAUCCCUUUCUUUGGGUUUGGACCAUCAUCGGGACUUUCUGGUUCUCUAGUGCAAGAAAUUGUCUUCCAGAAGAAGGCCAAAAGUGGGGGUUCCUAAUUUGGUUGCUGUUCAGCUACUGUGGACUCCUGUGUAUAGCUUGCAUAUCGACAGGGAAGUGGUUAGCUAGAAGGCAGGCCCAUUUAUUACGCGCUCAACAAGGAAUUCCUAUUUCAGAAUUUGGGGUGUUAGCUGACAUGAUCAGAGUGCCAGAUUGGGCAUUUGAAGCAGCUGGUCAGGAGAUGAGAGGGAUGGGCCAAGAUGCUACUUCAUACCAUCCAGGAGUUUAUUUGAGCCAAGCUCAGAGAGAAGCAGUGGAGGCACUCAUUCAAGAACUUCCAAUGUUCAGGAUGAAGGCCGUUCCAACUGACUGCAGUGAGUGUCCUAUCUGUUUGGAAGAAUUUCAUGUGGGAAAUGAGGUUCGUGGUCUCCCUUGUGCUCACAACUUCCAUGUUGCAUGCAUUGAUGAAUGGCUUCGCCUAAACGUGAAAUGCCCUAGAUGUCGCUGUUCCGUGUUCCCAAAUCUCGAUCUCAGUGCUUUGUCAAAUAUCCGUGUUGAUCCUGAAAGGUCAUCAACCAACGUUGUGACAGCAGCCCGAUAUGUGAGAUCCCAACCUUCUAGCCAGAGCUAUCUGCUGAGAUUGCAAGGUUUUCUUCGUACUGUGCGCACAGAGGAUGCUGGCCGAAGCAGCGAGGUAAAUGCAGCUGCUGAAACAAGAGUUGAGGACGGAGCCCUAACAUCAGCACCUGACAGUCACGGAAAUGUAGAACGUGUGGAAGUAGUGGUGGAACAUUCUCCAGGAUAGCUGUAACUGUUUGUUCUUUACUAACUUUGCGGGUACUGGGAAUUUUUGUCAACCUCUAGCAAAUGUUGAGUGUUGUAGCGGCUUCUAACUGUAAUUAGAUUGCUAAAACUAGUGACUGAUGGAAGAAAAUAGUUGCAACAAUAUCUGUUUUUGGCCUGCUUGUUGUAAAUUCAGCAUGGAUCUCUUUAAGCCUUCUCUUAGAUGGUAUAAUGUUUUGUAGGCCUUAAUUCGCCUAAAGAUUCUUGCA